AUGGUUUGCCUGGCAUUGUGCUGCGGUGCGGUAGCAGUAGUGGCCACUGCUACAACAACAGCAGCAGCAGCAGCAGCAGCAACGGCAACAGCAAUAGCAGCAGCAGCAGCAGCUUUUCAGGAGUCCAGGAGUCAUCAGCUCGGAUCAGACAUUGAGAGGCUAGGUGAUGAAGUGGAUGUGAAUGAAUGCACGAGUGUUUAUGCCGGAACUGGUUCUUUUGGUGUGGGCCUGAAAAGGAGGGAAGAAGAAAAGAAGAGGAAGGGAUUGAAAUUCGCAGAACUACGAAACGUAAAGAAGAAAGAAGUCGAAGUGGAAAGAAGUCAAAGUCGUAUUGAGGAAGAAAACAAACCUGUCGUACAGCAGCUUCCACCGCUUUUUCUUACCUUUUCACUCUGUCUUAUUCAUGUACAAAUGCGCAGUGAACGGAAAAAUAAUACAGAAGUGAAAUUAGAGUUGCUAACCGUGGAAGGAGGGCCAUUUGUUAGGUGGAGUGACCGUCUUGUCGCGAAGCGUCUUUGUCAAAGUCUUCAUGCUGUUUGUCACACUAUGCACCAUAGUAUGGUCUAUCGGCACGAUGCUGUUUGCUUUCAGCUGGCGGCGGGUGUGCCCAACAGCGCCGUUCAUCUUUCAAACAGUGCGUUGAUAUUACACCGGAAACAUUUGGGCACGUGUACGGUUUUCGGUGCAGCGGUUGCUGAACUCAAGUGUUCAGUGGCAAUCCAUAAUCCUCAAUCUUCCCACAACAAAUUCCGUAACCGCUAG